AUGUCGGCAGCAUGCGACUUCGUUGCACUCCACACUGGGCAGAAGAUGCCUCUCAUAGGACUGGGAACUUGGAAAAGCGAACGUGGCCAAGUGAAAGACGCAGUGAAAUGUGCUCUGAGCGUGGGUUAUCGCCACAUCGAUUGCGCAGCAGCUUACAGCAAUGAAGCAGAGAUCGGUGAGGCUUUCCAGGAAUGACUUGGGCCCACAAAAAUUAUUAAAAGGGAGGACCUGUUUGUAACAUCAAAGCUCUGGAAUACCAAGCACCACCCAGAAGACGUAGAGCCAGCACUAAGGAAAACACUUGGAGAUUUGAAACUGGAUUACCUGGACCUGUACCUCAUGCACUGGCCUCAUGCCUUUGAGAGGGGGGAUAAUCUCUUCCCAAAGAAUCCUGAUAACACGAUGCGCUAUGAUUAUACCGAUUACAAGGAUACCUGGAAGGCUAUGGAGAAGCUGGUAGAAAAAGGUCUUGUGAAAGCCAUUGGGCUGUCGAACUUCAACAGUCGUCAGAUCGAUGAUGUGCUAAGUGUGGCUACUGUCAAACCAGCUGUGCUCCAGGUAGAAUGUCAUCCUUACCUCGCUCAGAAUGAGCUGAGAGCUCACUGCCAAAAACGAGGACUGGUCGUCACUGCCUACAGUCCCCUUGGUUCUCCCGAUCGCAUGUGGAAACAUCCAGAUGAGCCUGUGCUUCUAGAAGAGCCUGGGAUCAAAAAACUGGCAGAAAAAUACAGCAAGUCGCCUGCACAGAUCAUCCUCAGAUGGCAAGUGCAGCGUAAGGUGAUUGCCAUUCCCAAGAGUGUCACUCCUGCUCGCAUUCAGCAGAAUCUCCAAGUGUUUGAUUUCAGCCUCACAGAAGAGGAGAUGAACUACAUUGGAAGCCUGAAUAAAAACUGGCGUUACAUUGUGCCAAUGAUUACGGUGGAUGGAAAGCUAGUAGCAAGAGAUGCUGGACACCCCCAUUACCCCUUCAAUGACCCCUAUUAACUACUAGAAGAUAAGGUGUUAGAGUAACAUACUCCUCUGCGUGCCCCUCCACAAAAUAAUUGUCGCCACACUUUGUCAAAAAACCCGUCCAAAUAAAACGUUCCUGCUUCUAAUUGACCUGAUUUCUGGAGAUACUGUCAAAGUUUGUGGAUUUAUUGCAGUGACUGGAAGCUUCGUCCUGGAAG